UUGUCUCGGAGUCUGAAGGAGAGAGAGGAGGAGAAGUGGGAGGAGUAGGUAGAGGAAGAGGAGGGGUGGCUAAUGGAGGAAGAGGAGGUGUUCUGCACAGUUGAGUCCAGAGGAGAGGAGCGGCCGCCAUGUUAACCAAGAAGCCCGGAACCUCGGUCCUUCCGACGGGCAAAACGGGCGAGCCGGUCUACUCUCCCGGUCACAACGGCUCUCAGGCCACGUCGCCCGCCGCCCUGCCCCCACUUCGCAACAGUAACCACCAUCAUUUGACGGGAGGCUCAAAAGUUGCGAUGUCGGACGCCGUCCAGCUGUCAUCGCAGUCGCAGGGCCACGUCACUCAGCUCUAUGAGGAGAACACCAACAAACGCCCGGUGCUGACCUCGCAGCCCAAUGGGCUGGCUCCAAUCAGCUCGUCCCGACCUGGCUUGCCGCUGCCAGACCGGCAGACCUCGGUGUCAGAGCCUGCCCACCACCACCGCCAGAGCAGCGCAGCCUCCAACAAGUCGACAGACAGCAAGCCGAAGGUCAACCCCAUGACCCCGGAGCAGGCCAUGAAACAGUUCAUGUCCAAAAUUUCGUCAUUCGAGCAACACGAGAUGUUCAGCUAUCCUGAGGUGUAUUUUGUUGGCCAGAAUGCCAAGAAGAGGCAGGGGGUCCUCGGUGGAGCCAACAACGGGGGCUAUGACGAUGAUCAGGGGUCUUACAUCCAUGUACCACAUGACCACAUCGCAUAUCGCUAUGAAGUCUUGAAGGUCAUCGGCAAGGGCAGCUUUGGACAGGUGGUGAAGGCCUUCGACCACAAGACUCAGACACACGUGGCUCUGAAAAUGGUCCGCAACGAGAAGCGCUUCCACCGGCAGGCAGCAGAGGAGAUCCGCAUCCUGGAGCACCUGAAGAAGCAGGACAAGGAUUCGAGCAUGAAUGUCAUCCACAUGCUGGAAAACUUCACCUUCCGAAACCACAUCUGCAUGACCUUUGAGCUCCUCAGCAUGAACCUGUACGAGCUCAUCAAGAAGAACAAGUUUCAGGGCUUCAGCCUCCCGCUGGUCAGGAAGUUUGCCCACUCCAUCCUGCAGUGUCUGGAUGCACUGCACAAGAAUCGCAUCAUCCACUGCGAUCUCAAGCCUGAGAACAUUUUACUGAAGCAGCAGGGACGCAGCGGCAUCAAGGUCAUAGACUUUGGUUCCAGCUGUUAUGAACAUCAGAGGGUUUACACCUACAUCCAGUCCAGGUUCUACAGAGCACCGGAGGUUAUUCUGGGCUCCAGGUAUGGGAUGCCCAUCGACAUGUGGUCUCUGGGCUGUAUCCUUGCCGAGCUGCUCACUGGUUACCCCCUGCUGCCGGGCGAAGAUGAAGCUGACCAGCUUGCCUGCAUCAUCGAACUCCUGGGAAUGCCCACUCAGAAGCUCCUUGACGGCUCCAAGAGAGCGAAAAACUUUGUGUCAUCAAAAGGCUACCCACGGUACUGCACCGUGACCACGCUACCCGAUGGCACCACAGUGCUGAACAGCGGGCGCUCGCGGCGGGGGAAAAUGCGCGGCCCCCCGGGCAGUAAGGACUGGAGCACGGCGCUGAAGGGCUGCGAUGACGCGCACUUCAUCGACUUCCUCAAACAGUGUCUAGAGUGGGACCCGGCACUCAGGAUCACGCCCAGUCAUGCGCUUCGGCACCCGUGGCUGAGGAGGCGGCUUCCAAAGCCUCCAUCAGGAACCACGGCUGGAGAAAAGACCUCAUCGUCCAAACGUGGCACGACCACCACUGAUGGCGCCAUCACCUCCAUCUCAAAGCUCACCACCACCUCAACCACCACGUCAUCCUCCUCAAAAACCAGGACUAACUUAGCAGCUAUCACGGACGCCAACGGAAACAUCCAGCCGAGGACAGUGCUGCCCAAACUGGUCAGCUGAGAGUGAAUGCACCCCACUCGCUGCAGGGAGGACGGCAAACCAGCCGAAUAAAAUGGUUUCGUCCAGUUUGACAAACGUUUGGAUUUUCAGCGUUGUUGGGGUGCGUUCAGAAUAAACACGGCAUGGAAAUGUGCGGAUUGGCUACUCCACUGCACAAAACCCAGUUAGAUGAACUUGCUUGUGUUCAGGAAUGCCUCAAAUCCUCAGUUUUACAUUUUGAGCAGUGAGACAUGAAGUAACCGCACGUUGUUUGGACCCGACUGCAGCGCCACUCAGACAAUCAGAACUCACUAUACCGCUCUGUAGCUCCAAACUCACAAACACAUCAACAACAUGGUGCUGACGGGGGAACAAGGCUGUUUUUAAAGUGUUUUUAGUACAGAAUCUUUUUAGCUGGUUUGAUUAAUCAAUUUAACAGCUUGAGUCUUACAAGGUUAUAUCCACACAGUGUAGGGCCUUAUGAAGGAGGUUUAUGAGGUUAACUGGCAGUUAAGUUUGAUAUAUCCUUUUAAUUCUAAAGGUAUAGUUGUGCAGUGAUUAGCUUUCUAGUCUUUGUUUUAUGUCAGAGUGAAAAAAAAGUUUGUUGGGUUUUAGUUAGGGGUAGAUUGGUGGUGUUUGUUAAAAGCCCAGCAGAACCCACUCCCUGCUAGGUAGCUAACUUUGUUAGUUAGCUUUUGUUUUACAGUGUAGCUAGCCUUUUUUACCGUGCUAGCAUAGUGCCUGUCAGCUGGCUAACUGCUAGCUGGCACUGGUUGUUGUUGGACAGCUACAUGUUUCUUAGCUGUCCCUUUGCUAGCUAUUUACCUUUUGACUGGCUAGCAGUUAGCUUAGCAAAUUUUAAAUCUGUCAGCUAGCUAUAGCUGGCUCCACGUUUGCCUUUUUUGGCAGUCUGGCGGCUAGCCUUAGCCUGUUUUUAGCCAUAGCUCGUUAGCUCUUCACUGCCCAGCCUUACGAAGCACAGACAGAAUGAAAAAGGUUGUUAAUGUCUACACUUUGUUUUUUGAUGGGGAUAAAAUAAUGCCUGAAAAGAAGAAUGUUCGAAGUAAACAAGAACCAGUUUUUUCCUUUUGUAAUGAAUCAAAACUGAGCACUGAGGGCACGAAAUGGGGUUUGAGGGAUUACCACAGAGGAGCUGGUUUAAUAGUAACGUUAUAAACCUCACAGCAAAGAGCAUGGAUUAAAAAAAAAAUAGAUUUAAUGUUGUAAACCAAAGGGGACAGUGAAGAAUUUUCUUAAAUAGCCAUUUUAAAUAGUAUUUAAUAAUAAUUUGUUAUUGUAUAGAGAAAAUAAAAGAUGAUUGUUGACCGUUACGCGGUAGACGUAUCACCUGAGCCCAGAAAAAAAAGUUUAUCUAAAAUUAACUUAUACACAAAUCCUCAUGUGCAACAAAAUAAGUGUAAGUAACUUUGAUUUUCAAAGUACCAUAGGUUUACUGAGCUCCUCCAUUUGGUUUUUCUCAAAGUAUGGCGAGGUUGUUUCAAAUCACUUCCUUUAGAGCCAUUUGGAGCAUGAUACGUAGUGAAUACCCUUUUAAAAAAUGUAACAAAGAAUAGUUAAGGAGCGUCUACAUCAGAAUGGAUCGAGCAAUAACGUCUAAAGUUUUUUUUUUUUGUUGUUGUUUUUUUAAACUUGCGACAGUCAGUGAGCGAUUAAAGGUGAAUACCAAUGGGACCUAAGCAUGGUGAGCCACUGCGUCUGGCCCUGAAUGACGCAGUAAAAUUACAGAUUAAUUUAAUGAUUAUUGAUUAUAUAGAUCCAAAAAGAAGUACAUUUGCUGAUACACGGAUCAGAGUUAAUUAUUGAAAAAUUUAUAAUGGGACGGAAGAUGAUUUUUAUUUAUUUGCGACACGUUAAUAUUUAUUAAUCUAAUCGAUGUAUUACGUGCAGUUUAUACUGUAUACUUGAAUGUGUGUGAGCUGGAUGUAUGUACUUGUGCGUGUAUGCGCGUGCACAGUAUAAAGGGUCUUUUUGUUUGUUUGGGGUUUUUUUUAAAAGCUUGUUCCCUCAACCCUGCAUACUUUUACACACACACACACACACACAUACACACAUACACACACGCACACACACAGAGCUGUAUCUGAACGCACUCUAAAACUUAGGAAGAUGACGACUAGGAGAAAAGCUGGCCCACAGUUGGCCGUGUGCACCAUCAGCCUGGUGAUGUAAUGUAGCACGCAGGAAGUGGACGACGAUGCUCAGAAGGAACUGUUGUUUAAAAACAAACAAACAAAAAAAAAAAACACAGACACUACCUGCUCCACCCAUCUCAGGGGAAGCUUUGUCCCCCUUCUGGAGGAGGAAGAGGAGGAUAAAGGGGGGGAUCCUCUCUGAUGUUUGUUUUUUUUCUGAGGACUUGAUUGGUUGAGUUUAUUUUAUUAUUUUUUUUAAUUCAGUGAGAUGAAGUGCAGAGAGUCAAAACUGUGUGCCUUCAGUAUCUCAUUGCCAUGUCUCACCCACCACACACACACACACACACACACACACACACACACACAUUCUUAAAGAGAUGAUGUCAUAGCAUCAAUAACAAAAAUGAACAACAAAACCUCCCAGGAAGUACGUCAGUAUCUUUUGGUGCCACUCACACCAGCAUGGUGAGAUUUAAUGGCUUAGAGUCUGGAUGCUGAUCAGUUCCUGGUUUGUUUCAGUAAAGCCCAAAGACACCUUGUGAACCCCUGUGACCUUUGACCUCUAAACCCCAGGUUGUCUCCACUGAUCUGAUACAAUGGUUUUGUGGUCAGUGGAGACACAAACACGUCUUUAGCACAGUUUACAGAGCAAACAAUAGUGCAGCAGAAAGUUCAAACAGUGGACACAAACACCAAAACGCCCACAUUUGACCCUGUGGAGGUGUUCUUGUGAAAAAUCAGUCCGGCUUUCAUUUCGAUCUAGGAAACCGCUGUUUUGUUCAAAUCCCAAGCCCUGGAUACAUUUUAGAGGUUUUACUCUUGAUUUUUAAUACUUUUGACUUUAAGCAAGUCAGAUUUAUAGCUUUCUGAAUAGUCACUCUGAGUCCUGACCCACUAUAAAUGGCAAACUUCCUGCCAUAGGUAAGACCAUAUGGGGCCUGGAGUUGUGAAUGAAUCAAAAAACCAUGUAGUAAUACUAAAUUAAUACACGUGCCACCAUAAAUCAGUACCUGUAUCCACCUGUGAAUGGUUUCCCUGUUAUUGCUACCUGCUGCAUUACAGAACAUGCCAACUUACCAGCCAAAGUAGCUUUAAGCUAACCUGUACCGACAUCCACAGGUGUGUGUGUUCGUGUGUGUGUGAUAAGAUGAUUUUUGGGGUGGGCAGGGGGUGUAUAACAUGGCUGCACAAUGUAUAGACACAUAUCAGCCCACUGUCGCCAUCUGUCACUGUGGUACAGACCAGUGACACCUGCUGACAAGAGGGCUAAGCUAACACUAGCCGUUCGACUGCUAGCGCCCAGCCGCUAGCUGCUGCACUGAUGUUUGUUUUCUUUGCAGUGAUGCUUACACUAGCCUAUUGCUAAAUAAAUGCUAGUAGCACAUUUUUACCUGCUAGCGUUGAGCUCUGCACAGACGGUGCUCGUGCAAGCUGUUAGCAUUAGCAUUAAUGUGGUUUUAAAGGGGUUUUUUUGUUUUUUUUUUAAUAUUCGUACCUCAGAUCGCUCAGUUAUUAUUAUGAUUAUAACCGCUGUCACUAACACCCAGGGCAUUUGGUUGACUUUACCAAAGUGCAUUCCUUUACAAAGCUAGCUCAGAGCUAGCUGCUCAGAUAGACACGCAGGUAGGUAGGCAGGAAGUAUGAAAGAACGCUAAGGGGAAGUGGACAGAAAGGCGAUCGAGUGAGAAGCAGCUGUUGUCAUUGAGAUCAAAAGAGCAUGAAUUGCUUUGUUUUGUUUUUCUAAAUAUUGUCACUGGCUGCAGGCUCAUGAUGUUUGAUUUAAAUAACCUCCGGUAGCAAUCAGUUGGGUUUUUUGUUUGAUUUUUUUUGGGGGGGGCAGCAACUAUAGCCUGGCUAUCUUGCUAGCUCAAUGCUACACUAGCCAGUUAAUGUACAAUCCCAUUAGCCAUUUAGGUUCUCUUCGGGAGUCUUUGCAGCCAGAGGUUAGCGACUGAUAGCUUGAAGCUGCGCUGUAUUUCUGUGAUAUUUGCCAGCUGGUUUUUAUUGUGGAUUUUAUCUGUAAAUAAUGUGCAAAGUGUUUGAAUAAUAGUUGUUUUGUUUUUUUUGGGUGGGGGGGGGAAUUAAAUGCGCUGAUGUGCCACGCCGCAGCCAGUUUUACAACGUACUGUAUCUACUGUACAGAACACAGAAGUUGACUUUUCUAGUGAGCCUUUGUUAAAUUUUAUUGUGGUGCAAGAAAAGGAUUAUUAUUAAUAAAACAGUUUUAUUGUU